AUGGAGGGCUUAGCAAAUACUUGGUGGAAACAGGUCAAAAGAAGAAUAGAUGUUGCAGGACUGACCUGGGAGCAAUUUGAGACACUGUUAAAUGAGCAGUACUUCCCCCAGAGUUAUAGGGAUGAAAAAGUGCUGGAAUUCAUGUAUAUACUGCAAGGUGACAUGUUUGUAAGGGAGUAUGAGGCCAAGUUUAAUGACCUAUCCCGAUUUGCGCCAUCUUUGGUGGAAUCUGAACACCUUAGAUGUCUUAAGUUUGAGAAGGGCCUCAAGAACUCUGUGAGGAGACCAUUGGUGGCUUUGAGAAUUUGGAAUUUCUGGGAUUUAGUGGUUGCUGCUACUAGGCGGAGUGGUAGAAGGAACCGCAACCAGAGACAUCUUGGAGGGGGAGUGAUUAGCGGUGGUAGUAGUUCAUCAGGAAGUGACAAAAGUGCUCCAUACGGGCCCAAGUGUCACUAUUAUGGGCAGGUGGGCCAUAUAAGGAGGAAUUGUCCUAAUCGGCCGCCGGCUCAACAAGCCCAAAGUGACGCUUUAUACAGUCAGGAGGGGCCACCACAGUAUAUGCUACCCUAUCAGCCACAGCAGAUGCCAUACCCUCAUGUGCCAACUUAUCAACCACCUCAGUAUACACAAGAUCAGCCCCAAGCGCCGAGACCGGUACAACCACCUCCGCUGCAACAAUAUAGGCCAGCGACCCAACGGCCUAAUGUUGGUGAUAAAGGGCAAGGGAAAGUGCAGGGGCAAGCUUAUGCCCUGGCAGGAGGCAGUUCAGGAGGUCAGACCAGCAACGUGGUGGUUAAGGAUAUGAAUCUAGUCCUGGGAGAACGACUAUUGAAGUACAGUGUUGGGGGACGGAGGAAUCUAGCAUGUUUUUCUUCGCUUCUUGCUUUGAAAGGUGAACCUGAGGUAAUUGGAGAUAGUGCGGGAAUUCCUGUAGUGGAUGAGUUCGCAGAUGUGUUUCCUGAGGAUUUGCCUGGUUUACUGCCAGAUCGGGAGAUUGAAUUCGGUAUUGAUUUGAUACCGGGGACGGCGCCUAUCUCUAUUCCUCCAUAUCGGAUGGCAUCUGCGGAGAUGAAAGAGUUGAGAAAGGUAACUGUGAAGAACAAAUACCCACUGCCAAGGAUCGACGAGCUAUUCGAUCAGUUGGGACAAGGAAUCUCUGUCGAUCCUUCUAAGAUUGAGACUGUGCUACAGUGGGAAAGGCCGAAGAAUGUAGCAGAGAUUCACAGUUUCCUCAGACUUGCAGGGCAAAGGAGAUGGGUGGAGUAUAUGGAAGAUUACAAUUUCACUCUGCAAUAUCAUCCUGGAAAAGCUAAUGUGGUGGCUGAUGCCCUUAGCAUGAAGACGACAGGGACUCUGGCGUCAGUAGCUUUGGAAGAUUGA